AUGAACAGAUACAUUUCAUUGCAUCCACUAGGUCCCCAAGGUAUCCAAUGGGAUCAUCGUAUUGUUCAGAUUGACCGUGUCUCACAGAAAGUUUCAUUCACCAAUGGCCAUACAGUAAAUGGUGUUGAUUUGGUUAUUGGCGCUGAUGGAAUCAACGGUCUAGUACGUUCUUUCAAAUGUGAUCCUCUUGCAGAUACCCCACUUAAUUAUUUGGGUAUAUUGGUGGUAUUGGGUAUCACUGGACGCAUUGAUCAUUUCCUUACAAAAGACCGUGCAUUUCAAACGAUGGAUGGAUGUUUUAGGCUUUUUGCUAUGCCAUUUUCGAAAUCCAGAUCAGAACAGUCCAUAAUGUGGCAGCUUUCCUUCCCUGUAACCAUAGCCAUAGCAACCCAAUUAUCACGAGAUCCAGGGAUGUUGAAGCAAAUGCUACUGGAUAAAUGUGCUGAUUGGCACUCACAGAUACCUGAAAUGAUCGAAAGAACACAACUCGAUCUGCUUAUGGGAAUACCAGCAUUUGACAGAGAUGUAGUAGCAAUUCCAGAUCGAAAAAAGGACGGUAUUCAAAUUGCACUUGUUGGUGAUGCUGCUCAUCCAAUGUUUCCUUUCAAAGGCCAAGGUGCUAAUCAAGCUCUUCUGGAUGCUGUUGAUCUAGCAGACAUUAUUGCACAGAACAAUCUAGAUUUGCAUUCAACAAUCAGGCAGUAUGAAGAUCGAAUGCUAAAGCAAGUCUACACAAAGGUCAUGCAGUCCCGAGAACGUGUUACAAGCUUCAAUAGACCGGAAGCACUUUCAACAGAAAAUUUUCUAUACCGUGGCGUUGGUGAAGGAGUGAUGAAGAGGCUGAAUAGCCUUGGAAUAAAUGCCCAUUGGAACGAUCCGAACGUAUCCAUGAAACAAGCCAUAAUUGACAAAUUAGAUGGUAAACAAUAA